AUGGCCAAAAAAUUCGAUACCAAUGAAGAUUGCAUUGAAAAUCCAGAAAAUUUAAAAAGGCUCUCUUGCACAUCGUCUACCUCAUCAACAAUGAUUACUGGAAUUAUUUCUCUUGAUUUAUUACAAAUCUGGAGCCAACUUCCUGAUACGAUUCGGAUGGAUUCAAGUUUGGACGUGUUCAAAAAAGAGUAUGAAAAGAUACUGAAAAGUUCACCAUUGAUGACAUUUACAACUAGAGACUAUUUAUUUCCAAACGAAUUAUCAGUACGUCAAGAAGAAGCAGAAAAUCAUAAAAGAGGAAAGGAACAUUCAGUCAAAAAUUUUAAUGCUCGUAAAUCUAAAUUUAAAUGCAUUAUGAGAUAUACUAAAAUGGCUUUACUUGUUACCUGCUGUAUUGCUUUUUCCAUUACGUUAAUGAUAACAGAAGAAAAAAAAGAAAACUAUCAUGUUAUCUCAGUACCAAAUAAUGACAUAAAAAAAAUAGGUAUGUUAUUAAAACAUAGUACCUGUAGAAGUGAUAAAAUUAGUGUAACCAUCGAAGGUUCAUCUCUAGUAGAAAAAGAUACAGUAAACAUUUCUCAAACUUACUUGUCGAUAUGGUUAUCAGAAGAAAAUGAUAAAUUCAAUGAUAUUCAAGUUAUUAAGAACAUAUCAGAAGAGUGGAUUUUACCCUUGGCACCAUCAGAAUCCUACUCACCCAUCUCUCAUCGCCGAAUUAACACUUUUAUACUCAAGGAAGACUUACGAAAUCGUGCGAUUGUAAUUAAUUUGAAAUCAAAUUCACGUUCAUCGGUUCCUCUGAUGCUAUCUUACAAUUUGACACCACUCGAUGUAAACAAAGGACUUGCGUUUGGAACUUUUCUAUUGAUCGGAUUUUAUGUUAUUAUAAUGUUUGAUUUGGUACACAGGACGAUUGCAGCUUUAUUAGCAGCCACUGGCUCUUUAGCAAUAUUAUCUGCUUUAAAUCAGAAACCAACAAUGAGUCAAAUUAUAUCAUGGGUUGAUUUUGAUACCAUUAUGUUGCUAUUUUCAAUGAUGGUUUUGGUGGCUAUUGUUGCAGAUUCUGGUGCUUUAGAUUAUUUUGCAGUAUUCGCAUACAAGAUAACUCACGGGAAAGUUCUGCCCCUUGUAAGCAUGCUAUGCUUUUUCACAGCUUUUGUUUCCGCUGUUUUAGAUAACGUUACCGUUAUUAUGCUUAUAAUACCUGCAACUAUUAAAAUUUGCGAAGUGAUAAAGAUUAAUCCCGUCUCUGUCAUAAUAAUAAUGGUAAUGUUUUCAAAUAUUGGCGGUGCUAUGACACCAGUAGGUGAUCCCCCAAACGUGAUCAUUGCUUCGAACAGACGUGUAAUCGCGGCGGGAAUCGACUUUGGCACAUUUACACUUCAUAUGACUAUUGGUGUAUUAUUAGCUUUAGUUAUUUUGUAUGGACAUUUCAGAUUCAUUUUUAGAAAUAUCGAUAAAUUACGUUUUCAGAAACCAAAAAAAAAUCAGGAAUUACAACAGGAAAUCAAUAAGUGGCAGAUGAUGGCAGUGACUCUAACAAGUCAUAAUAAAGGCGAUGUUAUUGCUCGAGAUGUCCUAUUAAAUAAAAUUAAAGAGCUACUACAAAAAUUACAAAAUAAAGUUGAAAGUGAAAAUAAUUGUACGGAAAACUUUGAAACUACAGUGAAGGAACUCAAAGAGAAGUACAAAAUUAGAGAUAAAUGUCUUCUAGUGAAAUCUGGAAUUUGUAUGGCGCUUGUUAUUAUUCUAUUCUCUUUGCAUAGUUCACCAAGUUUUCAUUUAUCCAUUGGCUCGAUAGCAUUUUUGUGUAUUUUGUUACUUCUUAUAAUCGCAGACAAUAAAACGUUUGAUGAUUUAUUAACUCGAGUCGAAUGGAGCACUCUAUUAUUUUUUGCUGCAUUGUUUAUACUAAUGGAGGCUUUAACAGAACUUGGACUUAUAUCAUGGAUAGGUGAUAAAACAGAAUCGAUUAUUUUGUCCGUAAGCGAGGAAUCAAGGUUAUCUGUUGCGAUUCUGCUUUUAUUGUGGGUAUCAGCGUUUGCAGGUGCUCUUGUAGAUAAUGUACCACUUGCAACGAUGAUGGUAAAAAUUGUUACUGGUAUAGCAGAAAAUAGUAAACUCAAAUUACCUCUUCAGCCACUUGUUUGGGCUCUUUGCUUCGGUUGUUUAGGAGGGAAUGGAACUUUGAUUGGAGCUACUACAAAUGUUGUGUGUGCUGGGGUAGCUGAACAAUAUGGUUACCGAGUCACAUUCAUGCAAUUUUUCAAGAUUGGAUUUCCAGUUUUACUGACCAGCACAUUAACCAUCUCAGUCUAUUUAAUUAUCGCUCAUGUGAUUUUUGAAUGGAAUAAUUGA